CCCAGUGUGUCAGGGACAUAAUCUUUCCUCCUUUACACGUUUCUCUCCACAAAAAUACACCCAUGCGAAGAGCCAUGACACUGCAACAAGGGAUUUAAAACCAGGAGGUAAUCACGGACUCCCCAUCAUCCUGAAUUCUGGAAUUGGGUCCUGCCCCUCCCUCCCUUCCCCACCAGCGGCAGGUUGCCAUGGAGAAUUCAUCAGUGGCCUCGGCUUCCUCCGAGGCUGGCAGCACGCGCUCCCAGGAGAUCGAGGAGCUGGAGCGUUUCAUCGACAGCUACGUGCUGGAGUACCAGGUGCAGGGGCUGCUGACUGACAAGAUAGAGGGGGAUGGAGACGGGGAGAAGAUGCAGUCUAACAUUUCCCAGUGGACUGAAGACUGCAGUGAUAGGAUUGAUGGAAGCUGGUCCUCAUCAAGGGGAAGGGGCUCUUCCAAACCAAACAACCAGGAUGAAUGGGAGCACAGCAGCAACGGCAGCACUGGCUCGAGGCCCAGCUCUGGAUCAAGGCCUGGGUCUGGAUCGCGGUCUGGAAGCCGAGGAAGGAACAAUCAGUUAAGGGGCUCUGGAAAGAAUGGAAACAGGGAGGCUUCUUUCGACAUCCUGGGAACUGAUAUCUGGGCUGCCAACACGCUGGAGUCUCACGGGGGAGCUACAUGGGAUCUUCAGCCUGAGAAGCUGGACUUCACACAGUUUCAUCGAAAGCCCUUCCGUGGCACGCCAAAACACCUCCCUCACAUCGACCGUGAGGGGAUGGUGAAGGGCAAGUUUGAAGAUGAAGACGGCAUCAACUUGAAUGACAUGGAGAAGUUCCUGCCAGCAUUCAAGGUAUAUCCGCCAUUGUCCAAUGAAGCUGAAAUAGCCCACACCAAAAAACUGUUCCGAAGGAAGAGGGUUGACAGAAGACAUGUUCAUCUCAACCAGGAGAAGUUAACGGUGGUGCUGACAGCCGGUGGAAAAACAAAAGGCGAGAGGAGACAGCAGAGGCCACCAGGAGGGGGCAAAUCCCAGAAUCCUCAGCCGCAGCCGCAACAGCAACAACAGGCGCCAUCGCAGCAGCAUCAGCAACAAGUCCCGCAACAGCAGCAGCAGAUUGCAGAGCACCCCCAGAGCAACACGAAACACACCCGCCAGUAUCAGGGGCCAGGCUCUCACUCCUCAGGGAGGCAGGGCCCCGGUCACCAUGGCUACAGCCAGAACCGCCGUUGGCACCACAACCAGAAGCACGCAGUGGGACUUGGGGGAGCUGGUGACAAGGAGAUGCCCUUGAGCGGCAUCAGAAACGCCAAAGAGACUGAGAGCACGAAACCUGAGGAGCCCGUCCUCUCCAAGCCAGAACCAGAGUUUGACGGUGGUCACACUGAGGGUCCCAGUCAGCCCCAGCAGUCAGAGGGAAGGCGCAAGGACAGCCAUCCAGACAGACCGAAAGUCAAUCUACUUCAGUCCUCCAAGGAGAGAUUGAGGAGAAGGCUAAAAGAGAAGGAUGAAAUCCCUGUGGAGACCACAAACCCUCAUAGGAGCCGCAUGGACAAGCUGAUCGAGAUUCUUAACAGCAUGCGCAACAACAGCAGCGACGUAGACUCCCAGCUCACAACCUUCAUGGAGGAGGCGCAGAACUCCACCAACUCGGAGGAGAUGCUCACGGAAAUUGUCAGGACCAUCUACCAAAAGGCUGUGAGCGAUCGCAGCUUUGCCUCCACCGCUGCCAAGCUAUGUGAUAAGAUGGCCCUGUUCAUGGUGCAGGGGACGAAGUUCAGGAGCCUCCUACUCAAUAUGUUACAGAAGGACUUCAGCCGCCGGGACGAGCUGCAGCAGUCAGACGUGGAACGCUGGCUGGGCUUCAUCACCUUCCUGUGCGAGGUCUUCGGGACCAUGCGGAGCAGCGCAGGGGAGCCCUUCAGGGUACUGGUCUGCCCCAUCUAUACGUGUCUCAGGGAGUUGCUAGAAUCACAAGAUGUAAAAGAAGAUGCUGUCUUAUGCUGCUCCAUGGAGCUGCAGAGCACUGGCAAACUGCUGGAGGAGCAGCUGCCCGAGAUGAUGACAGACCUCCUGGCAGUGGCGCGAGACAAGAUGCUGUGCCCUUCUGAGUCCCAGCUGACGCGCUCCCUGCUGAUGGAGGUCAUAGAGCUGCAUGCCUAUCACUGGAACCCACUGGAGGCCCUCACCACCCAGUACUACAACAGGACCAUCCAGAAACUCACAGCUUGAGACCCCGCAUCAGAAGAGGAAGCCAGGCUGCGGGCGGGGGUUAUGGGAUAUGUGGGUGGGUGGGUUGGUGGGGGUGGGGCGGGUGGUUGGACAGACAGGAAGGCGUGUCAGGGUUACCAUCGCCACCGUCUGUGCUGAAGGGUGGGCUCGUCAUUCACACUCCGUUGAUAAUGAGACACAGCGAAGCUCAUCAGACUGAGAACAAAAAAAGAGGAGUGCGGGGCGAUGUCCCAGCAUGCUGUGAGGGAGAAAACGAGCAGGGGACAGAUUUGGGGAUGUGACUUGGGGUGGGAGGGGGGGAUUCUCUUUGCUCUUUUGUGUUCGCGUGCCAACCAGCCUCCCCUUUUUUCAGGCACCCCCGUCACCAUCCUCCAACACAAACACUUGCGUAUUGUUUCGUAGAGACCCUUUUCACAAGCCAGGGGUGUCUGCUGUCAGAGAGGUCAAAGGAGUUAGACUGGAGAGAGAAGGCAAAAGCCGGGUAUGGCAUUGUUUCUCUGUGCCAUUGUGUGCGGGCCUCUCUGGCCCACAGACUGGCUGCCAGCAGCAGAUGGCUUCAGGAGUGACAAUGGGAAGGCACGUUCCGAGUUAGAUCUUUCGAGCUGAACAAACAAGAGAGAGCAGCAAGCCGCUUGCUUUUGUCUUUCUGUCUACAUCAAACCGGGCUCGUCCAUAAUGAUGUCAUUGUUGUUAUUGAUAUUAUGAUAUUAUUAUUAUUUUAAAUCAUGUUUCGAAAAUGAUUUGAAAUUCUAGGGUAGACCUAUUGCACGGGUUUAAUUUAUUUUGCACUGUUUUAAGGCGAUUGCUUUAAAAAGAAAAAAAAACUGAUCAGUCAUAUGGGGUAGUGUCAGAAGUUUCAAUAGCUAAAGAAUAAAGGGUUGGACUAUAGGGAAGGCUUUUGACUAGAAGAAUCAUUUGAGACUAUUCAAAGAAUUGGAGAGACCAGAGGCCUUGUCAACUGCUACGUUUUGUAGUUUACCGUCACUGAAUGUACAUACUGUAAUAGAAAUGGACUAUUCCCUGCAAAUUGCAGCUUACAAAAAAGGCUUGAAAAACAUAAAAAGCAAGCAUGAAAUUAAGCUUUCUCUAGUAGCUGAAAAGCCUUCCUAAGCGUGGGACGUAAUUUAUCCAAUUUGCAGUGGAUGUCUUUGCAAGUUUUUAUAUAUACACACAUGUAUGUAUAUAUAUAUAUUUCAGAUUUGUGUUUCUUUAUUUGCAGGUGAUUAAAAUCAUUUACCAUGUAGUAUUUUCCAUUAUCCCAGCUUGAGCAAAUGUGUAUACUUCAGGCAAGUCAAAACAAUUAUUUAUGAUUUAAAGACAUCUUUAUAAAAUUAUCUAAAAUAUUGUCAUGGUUUUCAAGCAGGGUGGAUAUGUAUCUCAAAAUAUUGUGAAACAUUCUCAUUAUUUAAGAAGUAUUCUGGGGUGCCUGUGACCAUCCUACCAAAUUUAAAUUUGCAUUAGCAAUUUUAGAACCGCGCUCGGGGUGCAUUCUUAGUUUUAUAGUGCAUUAUGGGUGGAUAGUCAUGUCAUUUUCUCUAUCAACAUGAGUACAAGCCUUGAAGUGAUAUUUUAACAUAGCAUUCUUUUCUUUUUAGAGAUUUUAUAUGAUGUGGUUUUGAUGUCAUUUUACUGAUACACAUGGACAUUUAACAUCACAGUGUGAUGUUUGUACAUUUUGAGUUUCAUCUGUCACUUCAAGAGGCAACAAAAUAUCUUUUUUUAAAUCAUAAAGAGAGGUUCCAGAAGGUUGUGUUGUUGUAAGAACAUAGUCUCCCAUAACUUUUGAAUGCAGUGACCUCUGCUGCAGCCCAUUUCUAAAUACAGCUCAUCUGUGGACAGUUGGUUAUGUAGAAUGUUCUUUCACAUGAAGUUGCCUUUGAUCAGUGCUCUCUGGUCUGGUCUACUCUGAAGCCUCUGUUUACACUGAGGUAUUGGUGGCUUUUAGAAUCACUGAGAUCUAUCAAGAAAAGUCCUUAAAAUUCAUCUGAAACUUGUCUGUGAAAGCCAUUUAAAUGUUAGCAAGCAUUGUAGGACACACACCCUCCUUUUAGAUGUAGCUCCUUCAUUUCUUUCCAUGAGUAAACCUUUACUGGGUUUUCUUAUAAUGUUCAGAAUAUCUCCUGUCUUAGGUGAGAGAAACGUCCUGAUUAGUUAAAGCAACUCUGGCUAUGUGCUGCCACUACUGCAAAAAUGAAACAAAAGGCAAGUUGUCUAAUUAAAUCAAAAUUCAAGUGUUUGUCAUUAAAUGAGAGAAACAUCACUUUCAUAGCAGUAACCAAUUAAAAUUCCAACAAUGCAGUUGUUAAAUGCCUUUGCUCUUUCUUCAUUAUGUUUAGUAAAUGCAGCAUUAUUGAAAUAAAAAAAAGUUAUUUUAUAAUAUUAAGAUAUGGAUUAAAUAUGACAGUAGAACCUUAACAUCUUGAUUAGUCAUCCCUUUAAAUUGAAUAUAAAGUGUCACCAUUAUGUCUGGCUAAGGAAAUUAAGUGAUGUUUUGUCUAAGACUCUGCUGCUUGUUUGUUUGUUUUUUGGUUUCAAAGAGAUGUCCUUGUUAGAAUUGUGUUUUCUUUGCAGCAUAAACCUGUGCCGCAGGCAAGCCUGCAGUUGUAAACCAACCAAUACACUCCCUCACUGGUACAGUAACAAAAAUCUCUAAGGGUUCUCCUUGUUUAGGAAGCACAAAGAGCCAAAGUCAUAGCUUAAAGUGAGAAAAAUUCCUUGAACACCUCAGCCAUUUCACUCCUGUAUUUGUUACUGAAAUAUCAGUGAAGCAACAUAAACUGUUUUAAAAACUGUAAAGUAAGAAAUCCACAAUGUACAUGAUGGCUCAUCGGAACAUAUUCAGUAUCAGACUUUUGUGUCGCUUUAAAAAGCUUUUUUCUUUUUAAUUUUAAACUUUGUAAAUGCUGGUUUUUCUGUAUAUGUAUUUGAAAGAGACAAGCUGGCCACACUGCUUCUGGUGGCAAUGGUGGUUAGAAUGCAGACAGAGGGGACAUCUUUUGCAAAGGAAGAGUACAGUGUAGCAGGUGAAAUAUAUCAGAUUCGAAUGUACUGUAAUUGAAAGUGCUUCAGUCAUAGAGACUAACUAUGACACUAACAGUUGAGGUGCAGUCAAAAAAACGACAGCAGAACAAUUGCUGUGUGGUUUUAAUAUUAGUAUUUCUAAGAGCAUUGACGUCUCACUACCUAGUUGCAUAUCUAAAAUAUAUAUUGUAUACUGAAUAAAAAAAAAGUUCAAUGAAACCAGUUAAUGAGCAGAACAUAAACUAGUGGUUUACUUAAUUGCUGCACUGUAAGAAGGCAUUUAUGUUUUGCUGCUUUCUUUCUGGGCAAGGUUAAGUGAGAACAAGUCUGAAAUGCAGUGCCUUUUACACUGCCACAGGAUGACACAAACAGCCUGUGUGAGGAGAUUCCUUUUGACUCAGAUGGUCCAGACUGUGUUUUCAUCACAGGAUUAAGGAUUGGCUAGCAUGAACACAUGCCUAAAUAGUAAGAAAUAAAUUUAGUUAAGACGUUUAUGUUUUUUUACAGAGCUGCCAACAGCAAGACAUUUAACUGUCCUCUGUAGUUUUCACUGAAGGAUUAUCUGGGAAACCAUUUUAAAGUUACCAAAGCCUAAUCCCUUAAUUGUGGAGAGACAGCACUGAUCAUCUGCUGACCAAAGAUUUUUCUGACUAGAUAUUUUCUGUUUGGUUUAAUAUACAAUAUGCCAGGUAAAAUGAAUACACAUGGCUUACACUGUGUGAAAAACAUGGAAAGAACCAAUGCCUAAUAAUCUUUUCCAUCUUUGUGUUUAAAUUACUUAUGAGUUCCAUGUGUGUCUAAGACAUAAUACACUAUAUAAUAUAAAUGUGUUAAAUUUGUCACAUAUAAGAAUACAACAGAAAACCUAACAGCAGAAAUCUUUGUUUUCUCACGCUUUUGAUAAUGGCAGUAUUUUAUUAAUGUGACUGUCUAAGGGAGAAUUUGGUACAUGGUAAUGGAAGGAUCCAGCAGGCUUCUCUGGCAGUCUGAUUCAUUUAAGCAGAUAGGAAAAAUAUUCUUCCAGCAUUACGGAGGAGCUACAUGGUGGGCUUAUGUAGUGAAGGAGUUCAGCCUAGCACAGGCUGAGCCCAUCUUCGAUACAGGCAUCGUGGGCUAGAGCCUGGGUUGGUAGUCUGCUGUGACCAUGAUUCCUCAGUGAUGUGCAGGGUAGGUUUGUGAGAACUCAGGCCUUCAGGCAGCACAGCAGCCCCUGCGACAUUCCAGGCACCAGCAGGCUUGCGGUACCAUCAACGAAGGGGGCAUGUCUCUCCUUCAGUCUAUACGAGGCAGCUACUGUAGUGGGUCACAUGUCAAAAGAUAAAUGGGCUCGAAGUUAAAGGGUCAGAGGAGUCGGCCUACAUCUCCUCUCAUCUGCAACUGCAGGAUUCAUAUAUGUGAGCUGACUCAUUAGCACCACACAUUUGACAAUUCAAAAUUAGUUAUCUAUACAGUAUGACAGCAUAUCAAAUUGUUGUGAAAUGCAAGUUAAAAGUAUGGACAUCAAUAUUAAGCAGUGAAUUCUGAUCACCAUCGAAAGAGACAUUGCUUUUCCUUGCCAUAUGCAUUAUUCCUUCAUGUUUAUCGGAGCAUUUGGCUUUUCUCUGCCUUUUUGAAAGUACUUUGUAUAUUUAAUUGGGCUUUUAGCACUUCAGAGUGAACUGUUAAUUAUUGCUGUAGACUGGCUAGAACAGACACAUGACCAACUGCAAGUUUGUAUUUUUAAGCUUCAGAAUGUUUUCUCUCUGCUAAAUCUUGCAUCCCCUAAAAGUAUUUUCAAUUUCCAAAUGCUCAUACACAUUCACCAUUCUUACUUUUUCCCCAAGAUUUUCCUUCAGGAAUAUUCAAGGUUUAAAACACACAACAGGUUCUUACAAUGCUGACUCGUUGACUAAAGCUACCAUGAUGUGUAGUUCACAGCUUAAAGGCCAGUUAGCAAUUAUUUCUAGAUCAUAUUUUACCCAAUUGCUUAAUGAAGCCAUUUCAACUGAUAUGGAAAUACCUACUUGGAUUGGGUUUGAGCAAUGAGAGGAGAAUGUAUUUUGCUUGUUUGUGUAUUCACUGAAUCACAUUUUAUGUUUAAAGUGCCAUAUCAGGUGGACUGUGUCUUUGCAUCAGGAGCAUAAAGCCCAGAACUUGAAUCAUUCCCGACUGGCUUAGCUGUGUAGCAAAUGAAUGUUGGUCAGAUAUAUUUUUGUUGUUCAUUUGUAAAAGUUAGGAAUUAGAAGUUCGAUUAAUUGUCUUGCAUGCUGAAGCUUGUAUGGAACCUAACAAAUAUAUUUAAAUACACACAGAUAGUUCACGUUCAUUCCUGGUAGGACAUUUUAUAUUCAAUCACUUUUAUUAUUGGAGGAGGUAGUGAAAUCUAUCAUUAAGAAUGUAUUAAAGCCAAUUAUGUGCAGCCAACCUGUGACUGACUAUUAUCCUACCUCAGAGGAAUCUAAUAACGUCAAAGUCACUUAAACCUGCUGAAACCAGGAUGGCCCUCACAAGCCUCUUGGUUUGUAAAAAAGGGUUUUAACCUACAGUAACUGAGUAAUUGUGUUGACAUGUGUAAGGCGUGGAGCAGUUUUUAAAACAUAUUUGGAGCCCUGAGAGAAUUGUCUGAGAGAAUCCAGGGAAUAAUUAUAUGCAUACAAAAGCUAUCAUCCUGCCAUUGCAUAUAUGUUGGGUGAGAUUGGUAUGUUUUUUGCCAGUUACUCCAUUUUUCCCCUCACCUUCCAAAGACAUUUUGGUUGAAUUGAUUGCCGUCUCUGAAUUGUCCUUGUGCUUUGGAUCAGCUUUCUGAUGGUGGAUCAGUUCUCCUUGCGUUUAUCAUCAAAGCCAUUAUUUCAAAUUCUAAAAUAAUUUGCUCUUUAUUUUAUCUACAAUCUAGUUGGUAGUAGUUUGCUUUUUCAUUUUUGACACUUAUGAAGUUGCUUCCAAAAUCAAUUGAAUUUGAUGCCUUGCAUUUAAGCAUAAGAAAAAAAAAAUGGAAAGAAAAUAAUUUAAAACAGUUUUAAAGCCAUUUAUGGUACCUGAAGGACAUUUUUUGAAGGACAUUUUAAUAUAUACCAAGCACCUUGUUCUUAUCCAAGACAGAUAAACCAGGAUAUGCAAUCCUUUUAGCAUUAGACUUCAAGGUUUUGCUUUUCUUCAGUAACAGUAAGAUUGUAGCCUUUUGAUAGUAGUUUUUAUUUUUCUUUAUUUUUGCUGCCAGAGAAAAAUUCCAGGAAAUGUAAUGUCGAAGGCAAAAGUCUUACUAUUAUUGUAAAUUACAAGGUAAUAUUAGUUAAGACAGCAAACAUGAUUUCUGUUUCAAAAACAAUUUCAAUAUUUCAUGAAGUAAGCUGAGCUUUUAUGUACAGUAUAAGGGAACCAGAAAGUCAUAUUCUCACAUCCUGGAAUGGCAACUAGGAAAUGAUGUCAUGACCUGUUAACUUCCUGAAUUAACUGUUUAAUGAUUCUUUGGGUUUCAGUUGCUGACUAAAGCUGAACUUCACACAGUGAAGUCUCUUCCAUGUUGAGAUAUGCGUUGAGCACCUGAAUGUGUUGAGUGUUUUCCAGUGGUGGAAAGUUAGGUUUGAAGUCUGCCUACUUUGCCAGACUCAAAAGAUUCUAAUUAAUAGAAACAAAGGACUACAAUGCCUAGGUUUCAGACUAGCAUAAUGCAGGGCCUUUUAACUCCAAAGGUGUCAUCUGCAGAGUGUAUCCAGUUCAUGUUAAGCCAUCUAACACUGACGAAAGGGAUUCCUAUAGUAAACCCUCUGGUUCAACUGGCUUGGACUACAAAUUGGUUUGAAUGUGAGCCCUUCAUCUGCAGCAUGUUGUGAAAAUUGGUCAUUUUCAGAGUAAUUAAUAACACAUUUUAAUGGAGGUUGAAAUGUUUUCUGUUUUCUCGUGGCCCACUUCUUGUUGUGAGUAUAACGUUAAGUGAUUUGUUUUUUUAAAUACUUUUUUCAUCAUUUAAGUUAUGCAUCUAUAAUAUCGUUGUAUUAUGUGUGCUUUUAUACUAUGGAAACUAUCAGCACGCAGCACCAGGUUUAACAUAGAUGUUGCAAGAGAGUUCCCUGGUGCUUUGAGCUGGAUGUAUGCUUCAUCCUGUUCUGGUCUUCAAAGCUUGCAGUUAGAGAAUUUCCCUCCUUCUGGAAUAUGUGUAUAUUAUUUAUUAAACAAUGGAAUUAAAGUUUGAUGGUUAUGAAUAUAGGUAUCUGAAAGUACAGGACUGGCAGCUUUGAAGACUAUGGUCCAUUCCAUACACUCUGUGUGUAGGUUCAACAUACCAAAUGUUCUGUUUUCCAUUCAGGGUGUCCAAAUGUGUGGUCUAAUGUCUAAAUAAACAUUGAGUUUUUUUUUUGAGAUGGAAGUCAAUGUUAAUUUAAUCUUGCUGUAACACUUGCCAUUGCCACCCAUACAUUGCAUAAUGAGACCUCGAAGGACAACCUCCAAUCGCCGUGCUAGCCAGCAGCUAAAGCACAGUAAAGAGAAAAAUGCAGUAACAAAUGGGGAUUACAUUACUAGGAAAUGUACUAAGCAGUAACAAACUGGUGGCUAUAUUACUUGGUUUUCAAAUACAUAUACAGUCUUUUUUUUAGCAAAUCAAAAUUUAUAUUAAAUGAUUUCUGUAUCAUGGCAUUAGCAUGUCUUCUUUAUACAGUUUGCAAUUAGAGUGAGAAAUGUUUGAGGUGUUCUAAGACUAACAGCAGGAAGUAACACCUGAUGGGUUGGUUGCUACACUUUAGUACUUGUCUAGCACUUGUAGCAUUCUGCCCUGCUUCCUGACUGUCUCUGUUGCUUGGCAACAUGAACUUCAGUGACAAUCUUUAGCUUGUCUCUUUUGGCCUUGCUAGAAAUUGCCAGUUAUUUGUGCACACUCAGUGUAACUUUGCAGUUUUGGGAGCAGUAUGUUGGGGUUUUUUUAACAUUAUGGUCAGUUUGGGAAUUUUUAAAAAUAUUGUAAGUGCAAUUUUCAGGCAAAAUUCACAUCAUAAUGUUUUAAAAAAGGAGUUUUCAGAUUUGCUUUAAAUUGAAGUGCAUAAAGUUGACUCAUGGAGUGCUGUUUGAUUCCAAACAUUGCAUUAUCCAUGGGUCAAAAGACUUGAUAAAUAUGGCACUUUGUGUACACAAAAAGUAUCUAUUAGGUUAUCAAAAUCCAGAUUUACAGUUUUGAAAGAGGACAGCAAUGUAAUGUAUUCUUUCACAUUAAAAUAACAAUCUUUUUUUAAGUUGGAUCUAUGGUUGCUUUAAAAAAUAAGGUGGCUUGUUUUGCUUUGUAAUUUAGAAGGCAGGAUUUUCCUCAUCAUAAUCUAGAAGAUUAGCACAACAACUGACAAAUUUGUGUUACUCUUUUGGUUCAUUUUUUUAAAUAUAGGACAUGAUCAGACAAUGAAAGUCUAAAGUCAGAAGUCACCGUUGACUGUGAUCUAUUUCCAAAAUGAAGGCUGGGAAAAGGGGAAAACAGGAAUUCAAAUUUUGUGGAGGAAAAAGAGACCAUUGUUUUUAGAGGUGCUGCUCCUGAAAUUGUUAUUUUCUAAAUUAAGAGAGUAACUCUAAAGCCAUUCUCUUUUCAGGUUAAAGUGUCUCUUUGAAUAUCAGUCAGCUGAAGUGCAGUGCAAAACAUGUAGAUGCACUUCAUAGUGGCCUCUGAACUAUUAUUGGGACACUAUUAUUGGCAGGUUUGUUUUUAUUUUUUUUAAGGUUGUUCCAUUUUAAGAAGAAAUUGAAAAUGCCUGUAAACACUAAUUGAGUUUAUUGAAUGUGGAGCUAACUAUUGUCACAUAUAAAGAAAUUUAAAAUGGGUUAAAAGGGGGCUCCCUUCAGUCUUUUUUGUCUUCUGUCUGAGCUCUACAGAUAUUGUUAAGCAUCACAAAUAACUUUUUUAAAGAAUUACCAGAUUCAAUAGAACAACAUUUUAGGAACCCGCUGAGUUUGUACAAAGUAAGUAAGCUUACUUACUAAAAUGGCAGCCUAGUAGUCCUUCAAGUGGACUUCACUUGGAGUACCCUCACUGCCGUUAUUUCAUAAAUCUGUCUUUAUCCCCAUGUUAACGUAAUUGCAGACAGUGCUGUACAAGGCUGAUUUUGCAGGGCUUCAUACAUUAAGCACAGUAACCUUAAAAAAAAGGUGUCCCAAUAAUCAUCUUUAUAUAUGAUGGCAAGCUCAGCUCCAGACAAGUGGUAACUUCAGUUAAUGUCACUAUUUGGUGUCAUUUAUUACCAGACUUUCAUUGUAAAAAAAUCAUACUACAGCAGUAAUGUCUCUUCAAGCCUUUGUUGAGAGAUGAAAAUGUAAAACUUGUGUGUCUGACACAUUGCAUAAUUCUGGCUAUUUUUUGCACACAACAAUUAAAAUCAUUCAAUGCAUACAAGCAAGAAAUCCAUGCAGAGUUUAUGCACUGUGAAACAUUUUGUUUUGUUAAGAUACACAUUUUCCUGAAUAAAUACUUAGUAAAUAUUAAUGUUGGGGGAAAAAAGUUGAUUAUUUUGUCUGGAUUGAAGCAUACACUGGUGAGGUGCUGAGCUGCUUGAGGAUAUGUGCCUGUUAAGCACAAUAGAUUGUAUGAUUUUAGCUUUCAGUUAAAACCUUGGGCUUCACUGAGAGUUUAGGAUGUGUUGACAGAACAUCUUGGAUAAUACGAAUGGAUACAUCUGAUUGACAAAGCAGGGUGCAGUGUGAGGUAUGCUGCUUUGCGUGUGCAAAUGUAUUUAAACCUCCAUGCUACUGCAUGCCACUAGAGGUGAAUGUGUCUUCGCUAUUUACAAGGUAUGUCCUUGUUUGUGAAAUUGUACCCCCAAUGACACCUCAUGGUACAAAUAAAUAAUGAUGUGGCUACAAUUUGUCUUUGUCAUCAUCUUCACAGACUUUUUUGAUGCAAUGAAAUCAAUAUUUAGAGUUUCAAAUGCAGAUGUUUUAUUUCUCUCAUUACUUUACAAAUACAUCAAUAUGUGGUGCAAGGGUUCUAAGCAUAUUUCAAUUAUAGCCAUUUCCAAAAUUAUCUUAAUUACUGUUAUUAAAAUUUGUUCUAAUUUAUUUAAUCAGUGAUUUCAGGUCAUGGGCUGUCCUAACAUUUUUGCUAAAUAUGUUUCAUUUACAGUACAUAUUUAAUCAAGUCCAGAUCCUCAUUCAUUUUAUUUUAGUUAGUUGUGCAAGGCUUAACAGCGUUGGGCAAAUUCUGAGACAAAACGUUGUCAUCAAAAAGGCAGGACAGUUUAUUAAUGAUAAAGAAACAUUCCAAGACGGAGCACAAAUCCAUUAUCUGUUGUCUCCACUAUAAUAAAGAUUUUCAAAUUUGAUUGCAAAAAAAAUGUAGACAAAAAUUCUGCUUUAAAGUAGAAAAAUGUCACCAUGCCUGUUGUUCUGUGGCUAUCAGGCCAACUUGAUGACAAAGUGGCUCUUCCCUUAAUAAUGUUUGGACAGCCCUGAUUUUGCUAUAACAACAUGCAAAAGUAAACAGAAAAGCAGAAAAGCUUGCAGCAUUACCAGCUCAUUUUACUGCUGAAGUGCUUGUGAAAGGAUGAACUCAGUGAACCCAGUUUUUAUUCAUUUCUUCCCUCCUGUUUUGUUUGGGGUUUUCCCUCAUUUUCUUUUGCUUUCCGUGACGUCAUUGAUAGCAUGACUAAAUACCUCAGUAUACAAAAGAAAUGUUUUUAAUUUUUUGCACAUUUUUCAUUUGUAUGUAUCUUGCUAUUGUAAAUGUAUGCAUUUUAAUAUAUGCAAAAUAAUGAAAUUGCUUAAAGUUAUCUUUUUUUUUUUCGUAUGGACUGAUGCUGAAUAGUGCUACCAUUUAUGAGGAUUGUUGUGAAGGUGAUCACAACUUUCAUAUAUUAAAAUUCAAUUCAGCCAUGA